CACUGUAAAAUAGUAAUACGAGUAAGACGGGUAAUAGCAUGUACUUACAAACCCGCGCCCUCGUUUACGUCAAGGCCAACUGUAUCACAUUGUUCACAGGAAAUUUUUAGACUCCCAGAGAAUGUUACCUUUGAUGAAGCUGCUAUGCUUGAGCCGUUAGCCGUAGCAGUUCAUGCCUGCCGACGAGCGGAAAUAGAGGUCGGAGAAAGCGUUUUGGUGCAGGGAGCAGGAUCAGUAGGAACGUUGUGCAUGAUGACGAUUGUGAUUACAGACCUGGAGCAACGUAAAUUAGAUGUUGCCAAGACUGUCGGAGCUGACCACACUUCGGUGGAGGAUGUUAAGCGGUCAGUGAUCAACUGCUUGAAAUGUGAGCCUGACGUGACCAUCGAAUGUACAGGAGCGCAGUCUUGUUUAGAAUCGUCUAUUUCGGUGACAGGAAGAAUUGUUAUGGUUGGCCUUGGUCAUCCACGAGUUGAGGUGCCAUUGAUCAACUGUUGUUUGAGGGAAGUGGAUAUCAGAGGUUCAUUCAGAUUUGCAAACGAGUAUCCAACCUCAUUAAAUCUUCUUGCUUCAAAGAAAGUGGAUAUUUCAAGAUUCACAAGUGCGCAUUACAAAUUGGAACAAGUCGCAGAAGCUUUGCAGCGGACACAAAAAGGAGACGUAGUGAAAGUAUUUGUACAAUGCUGA